AUGGGAAAGCCAUCAGUUACAAGUUGUGGGAUCAUCCUCAGACUCGAUCAACGAAGGGUCGUCCUGGAUGUCCCAGCACGCAGUGUCCUGCGUGUCGUCGACGCUGGUCCUCUGGAAUACCGGAAGCUUGAUGUAUUCCAGCGCCGCCCGCAAGAAAUGUUGAAUCGCGUCGCGAUUCUUAUCCCGUACAAAGGGAUCUCUAUGAUACUCCCCGGCGCAACCGUGCCGCUCAGGGGUAUCAACGUACCCAAAGUCCUCAAGCGUUUGCCUCAGGAUGGCUUUUGGCCUGAGACCAAGCUCCAUGUUACGGUCUACGGUUGGACCAGCGUAACUCCACCAGCAGUGCUCCACAAUCUAGCCAGCCAGCACGGCUGCCCGAAGCCAUGGAGGAAUGCGUCGUCUAAUAAGAAGACGAGCCCAGGGAGCUGGACAGAGCUUAAGGGAGCCCCUCUUGGCAAGCUCCUAUGA